GACUGACUGAGGAGGAAGGUCAACUCACUAGCUUUGGACCAGCACAGUCAGCAAACACUGCAACAAGAUAAGAAGAAAGAAAGAUCAAGAACGCAUUUGAAGAAUUUCACACCAGACUGAGUGCAGAAAAGGUGAACAGCUUAGGACAGACACCGAUCACAGACAGCACUCUGGUCAGCAGCAUCCUAGUACUCACAGAUAUGACUGCCUGCGUCUUCAUUCGAGGAGCGAAAAUCGAAAGAGAAUUGGCAGAUGAUGAAAUUGAAGAGCUGAGAGAGGCGUUUAAUGAGUUUGAUAAGGAUAAGGAUGGACUGAUAAGCUGUAAGGACCUGGGAAACCUCAUGAGAACAAUGGGUUAUAUGCCAACCGAGAUGGAACUGAUCGAGUUGGGCCAGAACAUCAACAUGAAUUUGGGAGGAAGGGUAGACUUUGAAGACUUCGUGGAGUUGAUGGCCCCAAAGCUUUUGGCAGAAACAGCAGGCAUGAUUGGUGUGAAGGAACUGCGAGAUGCUUUCAAAGAGUUUGAUAUGGAUGGGGAUGGAGCGAUCACUACAGAGGAGUUGAGAUCUGCUAUGAGUAAACUACUGGGAGAGCAUAUGAACCAUAAAGAGAUUGAUGCCGUGGUCAGAGAGGUAGACAACAAUGGUGAUGGUACAGUAGACUUUGAAGAAUUCGUGAAGAUGUUGUCGAGUUGCUGAGAAAAUCUUACAUGGUUAUGUUAUUGCAGAUGUAUAACCCCAUGCUUGCACAUAAGACAGCAAAUGCACUAUAAACAAACCCAUAAAUGGAGCUCCAAACAAGUUUUUGGAGGAUCAUAUUCAUCUAAUCCUGUCAAUCACAUUGCUAGGUAUAUAAAUAGCUGCUUUCACCACUCCUGUGACAAUUUAUCUGGCAUCCUUCCGCCACCCCAACUACUCCUUUAUUUCUAUUCAUUUCUAUUAUACUGUACACAGUACUGUGCAAAAGGUUUAGGCACUUGUGAAAGUGUUGCAUAGUGAGGAUUUCUUCAAAAAUAAUGACAUAAAUAUUUUUCAUUUAUCAAUUAAGGUCAUACAAAGUCCAGUAAACAUAAAAAAUACAAAUUAAUAGUUGGUGUGGCCACCUUUGCCUUUAAAACAGCCCCGAUUCUUGUAGGUACUCCUGGACACAGUGUUUCUUGGUUGUUAGCAGAUGGGAUGUUUCAAGCUUCUUGGAGAAUUCAGCACAGUUCUUCUAUCUAUUUAGGCUGUCUCAGUUGCUUCUGUCUCUUUAUGCAAUCUCAGACACUAUGUUCAUUCUGGGCCCUGUUGGGGCCAUGACAUCUGUUGCAGGGCUCCCUGUUCUUCUAUUCUAAUCUUUUCUAUUUGCAAAAGUAAUGUUUGGGAGUCUAACAUUUAUAUUUCCUAUUGACACACUAAAGCUGAAGAUAUAAAUAACCAUCUUAAGACAAAUGUUUUUGUGAAAAAUCUUAAGUGCCUAAAACCUUUGCACAGUGCUGUAUAUAUAUAUAUAUAUAUAUAUAUAUAUAUAUAUCGAAAUAGUCCAGGGGGUAAUUUGCAGCUCGACUCGAGUCUCAUGCUCGAGCCUUCCAUUCCUGACAUUAAGUUAUAUAAGUUUAGCUUCAUCUCAUUUAAGUAUAAUGUGAACUUCUGAAAUGUAAUAAAAAAAUUACAGAAUGCUUUUUUUUUUUUCACAAUCUAUGCAAAAAUCUCAGGCUUUUAAUGCAAUACUGAGAGGACUGGAUGUUGUGCAAUAUUUCUUUGAAAUGUGAAUUUCUUAUUAAAAAAUUCCAUUG